AUGGAAACUCCUCGUAAGGUCAUUAUCAUUGGUGCUGGGGUUGGUGGUACAGCAACAGCUGCUAGACUUAGCAAAAAAGGGUUUCAAGUAGAAGUUUAUGAAAAAAAUUCUUAUAAUGGCGGAAGAUGUUCACUAAUUCACCACAACGGAUAUCGAUUUGAUCAAGGUCCGUCGUUGUAUCUCAUGCCUAAAAUAUUCGAAGAGACGUUUCAAGAUUUAGGCGAGGACAUAAAAGAUCACAUAGAAUUACUACAAUGUGAAACUAAUUAUAAAAUUUAUUUUCAUGACGGACUAAAAUUUGAGAAUUCUUGUAAUUUGUCGAAAUUACAACGGUCUAUAGAACAAUUCGAGGGUGAAGGUGAAGAUACUUUAUUGAGAUUUUAUGAUUUUAUGAAAGAAACACAUGUACAUUAUCAUGAAAGCAAAAAAUUGGCUUUGCAAACCGAUUUUCAAAAUUGGUAUGAUUUAGUCAAUAUAAAACAUAUACCUUCCGUAUUAAAGUUGCACUUACACAAUUCGGUAUAUACGAGAGCGUCCAAAUAUUUCAAAAGCAAAUACAUGAGAAUGGCCUUCACGUUUCAGACAAUGUAUAUGGGGUAAGAUACAACAUAAAAUGAAUAAAAUAAAAUAAAUACACAUAUUUUUAUAGGAUGUCACCUUAUGAUGGAGUGGGCGCGUAUAACUUGUUACAAUACACAGAAAUAGCAGAAGGAAUUUGGUAUCCGAAAGGAGGUUUCAAUAAAGUUUUGCAAAGUUUUGAAAACAUUGCUGUGAAAUAUGGUGCAAAAUUCAACUAUAAUAGUGAUGUCGAAGAAAUUAUAGUCGACGACAAAGGGGUAGCGAAAGGCAUUAAAUUUAAAAAUGGAGAUGUGGUGAAUAGUGAUAUUAUAAUUUGCAACGCAGAUCUUGUUUAUGCGUACAACAAGCUUUUACCUAAAACCCCGUACGCAGAAAAACUAGGUAAUAAAAAACUCACUUCGUCGUCAAUAUCAUUCUAUUGGUCGAUGAAUCAGGUCAUACCCCAAUUAAAUGUACACAAUAUAUUUUUAGCCGAACAUUUUAAACCUAGUUUCGAUCAAAUUUUCGAGGACCAUACAUUGCCCGACUCUCCAUCAUUUUAUGUUAACGUUCCUUCUCGCAUUGACCCAACAGCAGCACCAGAAGGCAAAGACUCGGUUGUGGUCCUGGUACCCGUGGGGCAUAUAUCUAAUAAUCCAGAUAUUGAUUUUGAUAAACUUAUAAAAAGAGCAAGAGAACAAGUGGUAGAUAUAAUAGAAAAACAAUUAAAGAUAUCUAAUUUCAAUAGUAUGAUUGAUCACGAGUUUGUGAAUGAUCCAAGGUCUUGGCAAAGUGAAUUUAAUUUAUGGAAAGGGUCUGCAUUAGGACUGUCUCACACAUUCUUUCAAGUCAUUUACUUCAGGCCAAGUUUGAAAUGUAAAAUAUUUGACAACUUGUACUUUGUCGGUGCUUCAGUACAACCCGGUACCGGUGUACCAAUAGUUUUAUGUGGUGCAAAAUUAUUGGAGAAACAGUUGUGUGACAAAUUUUUAAACGGUAAAAUAGAAAAUAAUGUAUGGGCAAAAUGCUUAUUGUUCUUGAUAGGCCUUUUAGCUCUUUUAAUAUUUUGGUUUUUUUUUAAUUAA